UCGGCUGCUAUGGAUGCCAUUGGAGUCUCUUAUUCCAAUCCACUGGAUGAUUACGAAUUAAUACAUCGAAUUGGGAGUGGUACUUAUGGGGAUGUUUUCAAGGCCCGAAACAUCAAAACAUCUAUCAUCUCUGCCAUCAAAGUGGUUAAACUGGACCCAGGUGAUGAUGUGUCAUGCAUUCAGCAGGAGAUAACUAUGAUGAAGGAUUGCACGCAUAAAAAUAUCGUUGCGUAUUUCGGCAGCUACCUCAGAAACAACAAGUUAUGGAUCUGCAUGGAGUACUGCGGAGGUGGUUCCCUGCAAGACAUCUAUCACGUCACAGGACCACUAAAAGAGAGACAGAUCGCUUACGUGUGCAGAGAGACGCUGCAGGGGUUACAUCAUCUCCACGAGACUGGGAAAAUGCACAGAGAUAUUAAAGGAGCCAACAUCCUACUGACGGAGCGAGGAGACGUCAAACUGGCGGAUUUUGGCGUGGCAGCCGAGAUUAAUGCUUCGGUAGCGAAGAGGAAGUCUUUCAUCGGAACACCUUACUGGAUGGCACCGGAGGUGGCAGCAGUGGAGAAGAAGGGAGGGUACAACCAGUUAUGUGAUAUUUGGGCAGUGGGCAUCACCGCCAUCGAGCUGGCCGAGCUCCAGCCGCCCAUGUUUGACCUGCACCCCAUGAGAGCCUUAGUCCUCAUGUCCAAGAGCAGCUUCCAGCCGCCCAAACUAAAGGAAAAGAGCAAAUGGUCGUCAGAUUUUCACAACUUCAUCAAAUUGUCACUGACCAAGAAUCCUCGCAAGCGACCAACGGCGGAGAAGCUCUUACAGCACGCGUUCGUGACCCCGCUGUUGACCCGCAACCUGAUGAUUGAGCUGCUGGACGCCGCGACCAACCCUGACCUCCAGCAGUCUCAGACCAUGGAUGACAGCGACCUGGAUACAUGCAGUGCUUUUCCUGAUAAGAUCCAGUCGCUGGGAAAACUGGCAGUGCAGAGGACUCCGUCGGAGGAGAACUUUGAUCACGUGAAGUUUGGACCACCCAUGAGGAAGGAGACGGAGCCCUGCUCUGAUCUGGGAUCCUAUGAUGAAUGGAGCAGCAUUGGUGACGAGAGAAAUUCCCCGAGCCUGCUGGAGUGUGUGGAAGAGGCUUUGCUUGAGAGGAGCCUGACUAUGAAGAGGGUGCCUUCGGCUGAGGAUUGUCUGACGGAUGAGGACAAAUACAGCACAGUGAAGCGGAUGGUCAGCUCCCCCUCUGCGGCCUCGAUGUCUUCCGCCGCUGCCAGCUCCGCCGAUCAGGACAGGAACCAUCUCGUGUCUGGCAAAGAUUCCACCCCUCUCAUUGGCUCCUCCCUCUCUAAUCUAGCCACAACCCCCUCCUCCCAAAACGAGUCAGCGUUGCCGGUUGGCUCCACGCUCUCGGAACUCUCCAUCUUCUCCAACUCCGCCAUCUUCUCUGACUCCUCCCUCUUCAAUGAUUCGUCCAGUCUGGGCUCGCUCUGCUCCACCCCCACUGAAGAGGGCGCUGUUCCUGAGCGGACAGCAGGUGGAGGGUCAGGCCGAGAUGUCUCCUCACCUUGCCAGCCGCCUCUUUCUCCAGAGUGGAGCACGCUGAGGAGAAAACCAGAGGACUCGAGAGCCGACGUUCACGGUCUUCCUCCGACACCCCACGUGCACAUGGGAGCUUGUUUUUCAAAGGUGUUCAACGGCUGUCCCUUAAAAAUUCACUGUGCAGCCACGUGGGUUCUGCCCAAGACUAGAGACCAGUACCUGAUCCUGGGCGCUGAGGAGGGGAUCUACACACUCAACCUCAACGAGCUUCAUGAGGACACGAUGGAGAAGUUAAUUGCCCAGAGAUGUACCUGGUUAUAUGUGAUGAAUAAUGUCCUGAUGUCCAUCUCUGGGAAGUCAUCCCAGUUAUAUUCUCAUAAUCUCAUUGCACACUUUGAUGAGCGUAGAAACCUGCAGAGGAGGCAGAGUCAACUGUCAAUCAACGCUCAUCGCCUGAGUACAAGAAUCAACUCAAGGAAAUAUGCAAUGUCUGUGAAAAUCUCUGACACUAAAGGUUGCCGAAAAUGUAGAGUUGUACGUAACCCAUACACAGACAACACGUUUCUGUGUGCUGCUGUUCCAACCGGUCUGAUCGUACUCAUGUGGUACGAGCCGCUGCAGAAGUUCAUGCAGCUAAAGUAUGUAGCAGUGAGUUUGCCGGAGUCCCUGCCGAUCUUUGAGCUGUUGGUGACGGAGAGAGAUGAGCUGCCUCUGGUGUGUGUUGGUGUGAGCAAACGGUCGGGUGCAGGGGACAACGCUGACCAGCUGAACUUUGACCUCAUCCUUCUGAAUGACACACCCAGAGUGCAGUCAGCUGCUGAGUCUGUAACAGUGCAGCAGAUUACCCAGCUGGACAGAGACACUGUCCUGAUCAUUUUACAGAACGCUGUGAAAGUUGUUGACAUGCAGGGAUGUCCAAGCAAAGGGAUGACCUCUGACCUGACCUUUGACUUUACUAUUGAGACUCUAGUGUGUUUACAGGACAGUGUCCUGGCUUUCUGGAAACAUGGACUGCGGGGGCGGAGCCUUCAGAGCGAUGAGGUGACACAAGAGAUCACAGAUGAAAGCAGAGUUUUCCGGGUGCUUGGGACAAAUAGGGAUAUUAUCCUACAGAGCACGCCGACAGAUAACCCCACAGCUUUCAGUAACCUGUACAUCCUAACAGGACACGAGAGCAGUUACUGAGAUGCUGCACAGACAGGCAGAGGGAAAACAGGGUCCCGGGAUGGCCAGAAUACUUCCGGGUCAACGCCGCGACUCUGUCGUCCGGGGCGAACGGUGUGAC